GCCAAUCGCGGGGGGCGCGGCGCAUUCGAACAGGCACGGGCGCUGAGAGCGGCUGCUGAGGCGUAGCUUGGGGGCCGAUUCCAUGUAAAAACUGGAUGGCAGCUCAUUCUGUUGUAGAGAAGAUAACAAUGAAAACAAGUUUAUUUUGUGGCAGUAGCUUGAGUUAUAUAUUUAAAAUCCUAAAAUUGAAACGUGCGUGAAGCCAAAAUGCCCAUAUACACAGUUCCUAGUAGAAACAACACCAAUGUGCUUGGUGUUUCUCCUUUCCCAAAAAAUCCUCAACCAAAUACCUUUGCUAAAAGCAUCAGUUUUGGACAGCAGCUUAAAUCACUGAUACCAGAAAAUAAAAAAGAUAGUUCACUGUCUGUGUCUCUGUCUAAAACCAGUGAAAUAAAUAGGACCUAUGUGAUAUCUGCCUGUAAAAAUGUGGGUGAUACGUCAGCUGUGUUUAAACCUGAAAGUAGGUUAACACUCCAGAGAAGAAUUGGAGCAAGCAAAAAAUCCACUUCUACUGAUAAACAGUUGGAAGAAAACACAACACAGGAUGUUGAAAAUACCCAAGUAGAUGGAAGACUUACCUUGCAGAGACGUAAGAGGAUUGGAUCAACAGAGAAACAUAAAACAAGUAAGAACAGUGACCCUGAGACAGAAAAAAGUGAUUCUUUUGCACGGCCAAACAACAAAAGUAUGUUCCCACCAGGCAUUAGUAGUAAUAACACCCAUUAUGUUAAAUCUUGUACUCACUUAGCUGAUGGUCAGACAAAUGGAAAGAGCUGCUCUGAUCUGAAAAAUAAAGAUUCCCUUGCUAAUCUUAAUGCUUCAAGUGGAAAUGGGUAUAGUAAAUGUUUGAAAUAUAGGGAAACUAUUGCUGAUGCCCAAAUUCAAAAUGACGUUCCUGGAUCAGCACAUGUAAUAGCAACAAAACUUGUUAACAGGACCCCAGGGGUGAAGCUGGAAGAAAAAGAUAAUUUUAAUGAACUAUCUGGAAAGGAAAGGAUACAAAAUUCAGUUGCUAAAUAUGGCAGUUUGGAAACACAAAGAAUAUCCAGGAAAGGUAGUACAGUAGGAGGAGUGAAGGCUACACCACUUCUGGAUACCAAAAGUUCAGCUACAACUACUCUUCAGAACAGGAAACCUUGUUUUCAAGUUAUACAGAAAAGAACCCCAAAUACAUCAAACUCUUUAUCCAUUAGUAGAAGUACCAGGGCAGAAGAAAGUCAAAUAUUUAUGCGACCUGCCACACUCAAUGUAGAAACUACAGCUCAGAACACUUGCUCAGAGCAAAAUCCUAUUACAGCAGAAAACAGUAAAGUGACUGUGGCUGUGCGAAUAAGACCCUUCAGUGACAGAGAGAGAAAAGAAAAAACUUUCCAGGUGGUGUCCGUGAGUGGUCCAGAGACAGUAGUACAACAUCCAGAAACAAAACAAGUGUACCACUUCAUUUAUGACUUUUCGUUCUGGUCUUUUGACAAUUGUCAUCCUAACUUUGCAAGUCAGGAGAUGAUAUAUAAAGCACUGGCAGUACCACUCCUAGAAAGAGCCUUUGAGGGCUACAACACCUGUCUUUUUGCUUAUGGACAGACUGGUUCUGGAAAAUCAUAUACUAUGAUGGGAUUUGGUGAAGAAUUGGGAAUAAUCCCAAGAUUUUGUGAAGAUCUUUUUACUCAAAUAGCACAAAUGGAUUCACAGAAGAUUUUGUAUCAUCUCGAAGUGAGCUAUUUUGAAGUCUACAAUGAGAAAAUUCAUGAUUUGCUCAUCUUUAAAGCUGAAAAUGGACAGAAGAAACAACCUCUCCGUGUAAGAGAACAUCCAGUAUUUGGGCCAUAUGUGGAAGACUUGACAGCGAACAUGGUCAGUUCUUAUUCUGAUAUCCAGAGUUGGCUUGAGCUAGGAAAUAAACAGAGAGCAACUGCUGCUACAGGCAUGAAUGACAAAAGCUCUAGAUCACAUUCUGUCCUCACCCUUGUGAUGACCCAGACAAAGACAGAGUUUGUGGAAGAAGAGGAGCAUGAUCAUAGGAUUAUCAGUCGCAUAAAUCUAGUAGAUCUAGCAGGCAGUGAACGUUGUAGUUCAACUCAUACCAGUGAAGAGAGAUUGAAGGAGGGUGUGAGUAUUAAUAAAUCACUGCUGACUCUGGGGAAAGUUAUUUCUGCACUUUCUGAGCAAUCUCUGAACAAAAGGAGAGCUUUUAUUCCUUAUCGGGAAUCUGUCCUUACGUGGUUAUUAAAGGAAAGUCUCGGUGGAAAUUCAAAAACAACUAUGAUUGCCACAAUAAGCCCUGCUGCCAGCAAUGUGGAGGAAACUCUUAGCACUCUUCGAUAUGCAAAACAAGCUCGCUUGAUAAUCAACACUGCUAAAGUAAACGAAGAUGUGAAUGCUAAAUUAAUUAGAGAACUGAAAGCAGAAAUUGAGAAACUGAAAACAGCUCGGAAAAGUACUCUUAAUUCAGAUCCUGAGAAAUAUAGCCAGUGUCUUCAAGAAAUAACAUCGCUAAGGGUAAAACUACACCAACAGGAGAGGGAUAUGGCAGAAAUGCAAAGGGCUUGGAAAGAAAAGUUGGAACAAGCAGAACGGAGGAAAUUUGAAGAAACAAAGGAGUUGCAGAAAGCAGGAAUUACAUUCAAGAUGGACAAUCGUUUGCCAAACCUUGUCAAUCUCAAUGAAGAUCCCCAGCUCUCUGAGAUGCUGUUGUAUAUGAUAAAAGAAGGACAAACUACAGUUGGAAAAUACAAACCAAAUUCUCAUCAUGAUAUCCAGCUCUCUGGAGUGCUUAUUGCUGAUGAUCACUGUGUUAUCAAAAAUAUUGACGGUAGGGUGAGUAUUAUGCCACUGGGAGAAGCAAAGACAUAUGUUAACGGGAAACACAUUUCAGAGUCAACAGUUAUGCAUCAUGGUGACCGAGUGAUUCUUGGUGGAGACCAUUAUUUCAGGUUUAAUCACCCAAUAGAGGUUCAGAAAGUAAAAAUACCGUCUUGUGGAACUGUUCUUUCGUGUGACGGUCCAAAAGAUUUUGAAUUCGCAAAAAAUGAACUUUUGGUUGCACAGAGGUCGCAACUAGAAUCAGAAAUUGAAGAGGCACGACUGAAAGCCAAGGAAGAAAUGAUGCAAGAUAUCCAAGUUGCGAAAGAGAUGGCUCAACAAGAACUUAUUUCUCAAAAAAAAAUCUAUGAAUGCAAGAUAAAAUCACUAGAAGCAGAACUGAGAGAAGAAUCUCAUAAGAAGCAAAUUCAGGAAAUGAAUAACCAACAGAGUGCUAACAAAAUACAAGAACUGGAAAAAGCAAAGCAACAUCUUGAGUUGGAAGUACAUUUCAGCAAGAAGCGUCUGGAAAUGGAGACACUAGCCACCAGACAGGCCUUAGAAGAUCAUACUAUUCGUCAUGCAAAGAUUCUUGAAGCUUUGGAGGCUGAGAAGCAGAAAAUUGCCAAAGAAAUAGAAACUGUCCAGCAGAAUCGCGGAAAUGGGAAUAAAACUAUUAAGCCUAACUGGGAUUCCAUGAAACUCUCUCUCAUGAUCAAGGAGGCCAAUGCCAUUAGUAGCAAAUUAGGAAAGCACACAGUUUUCCGCAGGUAUGAUAUAUCAGAAAAAGGAAAUGGCACUGGAUCUUCUAUUCAAGUGCAGGUUUGUAACAUCAAGCUGGGAAUUGCAACUUUUUGGAGCCUGGAAAAAUUUGAAUACAAACUAGCAACAAUGAAAGAAGUCUAUGAGAGUAAUGGUAGUAACAAAGCUGAUGAUGUAUUUUAUGAUCCUGAUGAUGAGUGGGAACCUGACCUUCGUACUACAAACGUUUCUUCCUUUUCCAGAAGGCGGAGCAGAAGUUUCAUGAUGAACAAGAGAAUUUCUGGAUGUUUGUCUGACAUAAAAUUGCAGUCGCUCCAAAAUCUACAGACAUCACACUUAACAGGUCCAGUCAAUAAAUCUAACAGCAUAUGUUCCAGUUCUUCUGAAUCAUUUCUACCUGGAAUUUGCAAAGAAUUGAUUGGCUCUGCAUUGGAUUUACUAGGACAGAAUCAUGAAGAAGAAAUGUUUAUAGCAAAUAGUCUUCUGGCCAAUUUAUUUACUAUUUAUAGUGGAGUAACUACCAUUUCAAAUGCCUAUGAACAACAAGAUGAAGAAAGUCAAGAGAAUUUUUUCUCUCUUGAUCGUGCUACUCAGUCCUGCAGCAUCAGAAUUACCUCUGCUUUUGAACAACUUGUGAUUCUAACCAAGCAUUGGCUUAAUAGUUUACAAAAAUGCACUGAUUCCAUAAAAAUUGAUGAAGAAUUGAGACAGAAUAUAAAAAACUUGGGAAGUUACCUCCAGUUACUGUUGCAGGGCUGUUUUUCAGAUAUAUCCUCAAUGGUAACAGAAGCACACAACAAAAUAAUCCAAAUAGUGAAACAAACAGGAAAACAUAUAGGACACUUGACAGCACUUACAGGAUCUGACCUACAUCUCUCUGAAGAGAACAAAGAAGAUGCAACUGUCUCACAGAAAGAUUUUAUACUUGCCAUUUAUGAUGGAGUAGGCUCAGGACUGAAGAGGCUCUUGGAUUCUGUACAGAAAAAAAUAAGAGAGAUGCAGAAAGAACUUUUGAAACAGUAUCCACAAAAUGAGGUCCAAAAUCAAAUCAAGAAUAAUGCUAUGGCUUUUGCCAGAUCCCUUGAAAAUACAGUAUUGGACUGCAAAAAGAAAGAAUUGGGAUCUCAAUUAAUAAAAGAGGAAUCUGUCCACCAGGAAAUAAAGAAGGCAACUAAUCUUGCUUCUGAAUACUUGGAAUUAGAACAGUGCAUAGAUAAAGUCUCUCAGAUCAUUACUACUUCAUUACAAGGAUCAUACAGAAACACAAAUCCGCUUCGAAGCUAUACAGAAAAGAUUUGCAUCUUAGUUGGACAUUUUAAUAAUUACAGUAAUUUACUUAGCUUGUCUUCUGCUUCACCAAACAGACCUACCCACACAACAGCCAAGUCAUUUAUGGUCACUUCUGAAUUAGAUUCUCAAGCGAAGUCACUCAUCAUAAGUUUUGAACUUCAACAAGGACAUAAUUCAUUGGCAUCUCAGGCCAUUUGUAUGCAAAAUAACAAGACUGAAGAGAAACAACUUGAACUUGGUGAAUCUACUUCGAAACCAAAAGGAAUUCCAAAACGUGAAUAUAGACUUCAGACUUCAGCUACAGAUUCAGGGGAUCUUUCACCCAGUGGGAUACAGUGGGUAUAAAAUUAAGGCAUGAAAUAUUUUAGACUCCUGCAUGUUGGAAAAAGUAAAUAUUAUAUAGGUUAUAUAUUUUUUUUAAACGAACAAGAGAUAUGGAGAGCAAAUCAGACUUUAGUUUUGGAAGGAAAAAUAAUAUAUUGAUAUAUUUUAUCAUGAGUAUAGACUGUAUUGUAUGAAACUGGAGGGCUUGGAGGUACAAAAUGAUAUAGUAUGCUGAGUUGCUUUCUCGAUUUACAUUUCUUCCAAUGCAUUACAUUAGACUUUUAUAUUUAAGAAAAUUACAAAGGUAAGUAUUUUUAUUGAAACCUAUAUCUAACUGUAGUAAAUUAUAGAGCAACAGACAAGUAGUAACCAGGCAAUGAGUUAAAAUCUAGUCCAAGAGAAAAAUAUAUACAUAAAAAAAAAAAGGUUGAGAGAAGUUAAGAAAUUCAAUAUUAAAAAUGGGCAGUCUAUCCUCCAUUCACAAUGUAGCCUCACUUUAAUGCAUGAUGAUUUAUUAAGAGUGCAGUUCAUCCUUACUGUUAUAUUUUCUGGCUUUUUUAAAUUUUUGGUUUGAAAAUCUUAAUAUUUCUCAGAAGUUGUUGGUGUUUGUUUACUUAGGACAGAUUUGAGAGGCUACAAAAAUUGUGUGAAAAACACAUUUGAGGGGAUAAUUUUGUAUAGGUUUAUAAUCCCUUGGAAAAUGUUAGUCAGGGAAGGUUGUAGAGCUGAAAUAACAUUAAUGCAGAUGGACUAUAUCGAUGUUGAAAAUUAUAGCAAAAAAAUCACGUUUCUUUGAAGUUUUAAAUCUUUAGUACUGUGCAUAGCAAGUUACACACACCACUUUCAAAUAUACAAAUAAGUCGUCGUGUGAGUCACUUGAGAAUUAUGUUGACAAUGCAGCCUAUUCUUAAUAUGUUUGACUUGACAUGAAAAUUUUAGUAUGAGACUAGCUCUUUGCAGGUUCACAAAGGAGAGGGAAGUAUGCAAGACACUUUUCAAAGAACCUCUAAGCUCCUGCACAGGUUCAGGGCAGAAUAAUAGGACUCUGGGAAAAUCCUAUUUACCUUGACUUGAAUUAGCUUACCAAACCGAGUGAGUACACAGCCAUCUACUACUACUAUUACUGCUGCUGCUAGAUUUAUAAGAAUAUCUUGGUAACUAGUUUACAGAACGCUCACUAUAGUGUUUACUUUGCUUUGUGAGAGAAACUCCGUUGUGAUUUUUCUGAAAGGAUAAAAACGGAUACCUUUGAGACUAUUUCAUUUUUGUGUGUUCCUAUAGGAUAGCCAGAGUAGUAGAAGCAAACACGUGGACCAAAAUCAAGACCAUAAUGUAUCAAAUCUAUAAGCAGCUUUUCCCCUCUCCUCUUUUGGGUGCGCUGUUGUUUUUAAAAGUUACAGUACUUACAGGAAAAGCUAAUGAUUGCUGUGAAAAUCAAGGAUAAUGGUGCAUUUGAGAAGUGUUGAACACUGGGAACUGAGAGAUCAUAAUACAACAUGUUCUAAACAGAGCACCUGAUUUGCUCAGCAGUCCUAGGAUGAAUGACAUUUAGUACCUAAUAUCAGACCUUUCAAUUAUUCCGUGAUAGCAUGUUUCUUCAUAGUUUUUUCUUUUCAAGUGUAAAAUUUCCCCUCAAAGAUACCAAGUUAUUUUGCUUGAUUAAUAAAUUCAGUCACCAUAUCAAUGCCAUUUUUGUUCCUUUCUCAGCACUUCAUUUGCUCUUGUUAGUCAGUGCUUUAUUUGGUGAUAGUGUGAUGGAACAGAAAUGUGCCACCCAACUGUGGAUAGAAUGGAUAAAAUCCCAGCCCCAUUAAAGUCAAUGGGAAAAUUCCAGUUGACUUAAGUGAGGAAUGGAUUUACCACAGCAAACAGUGAAGUUUGAGUACACCAGAAAUGAUCCUCAUUGAAGUGAUAUAAUGGAACAAAAGGAGACAGUAACAGAAUAUAAAAUAUUUCUAUCCUGUGACUUUACUAAUUGGAUGCUAAGGAUUAUUAUACAAUGAGGUUUUUAUAUUUAGGGAAUUGUAGGAUAUAAUCAAGGAAAUAUCAAUAUGCCAAAGACUAUUUAUUCCAAUAAAAUGGAAAAAAAACAUACACUCCUCCUGUUGCAGUUAUUUGUGAAAUCAUCUUGCAAAAAGAUAUGCAAAAUGUGAUUUGUACUGUAUACAACAGCACCAGAACACUACAUGACCUGAAAAAUUGGCUGUAACUACAGUCAAUAGAAAAUUGAUCACCUGUUUUGUCAACUAGACAUUUGUUUUUCACUUUAAAUAUUGUCCAAAUCUUUUGUGAACAGUAAUUUCAUGAUUUUGACAAUGACUAUAUAAAUUGUUUCUCUGGUCUAUGUUUCUCUGGUCUUUUGCUAUUGGGGAAAUAAAAGUUUUGCUUCAGUUGGCAAUGCUGUCCUGAAAUUUCAUAUACUUAACUUUUUCAGAAUUGUUUUGCUGUGCAGUUAUGUUUUGUCUGUGUUUUUAAACAACAAUAUUUUUACUGUUAGUAGCAUUUGUCGUAUAACACAAAAUAUGAUAUUGACUUAAUAUCAAUAAUUGACUUUCCAUUUUCAUUGAGAAGGAAUGUAAGUUUAUUCAUAGCUUGAUAUAAUAUACUGUCAGGAAACCUUUGUGUGACGUAAAAAUAAUUAAAAAUAGAAUCAAACAUAUUACACCUUUUUAAAAAAUGUUAUUUUGUAUUGGACCGUUUUUUUUAAAGAAAAUAACUUGCUGUUCAGAAUCAUGUACUGUGUAUAUAACUGUAAACUAUUGUAAAGUAUAGAAUCAGAUUGUUAAACUGAGAUUAAAAUUUCCAAAUUUAAGACG